AUACUUUCGGGGUGUAUCUGGGUCAGUCCUUUCCCAUCAGUUUAGUUUGAAACAUCCGUCAACAUGAGUAACAAAAACACUAAAGGUUUUAGGGGCAUAUUCAAAAAGAUGUACAAGCGAGAAGUGCAUGAAGGUGAAAGGCAAAAAAGCCAUAUCGUGGACAGUUCGCAGUCGAUGAAGGCGGAAAAGGACAGUUCGCAUAAUCUUAAGGAGCGUAAAGAGGAUCACAAGGAGCAUCAACGGGGACUUAGUGAACGUAAAAAGGAGGAUGUGCGUGAACGUAAACGGGAACAGGAGCUGGAGCGUCAACGACGAAAGGAACUCGAGCGGGAAAAGGAGAUGGAAAGGCAACGUCAGCUGGAAUGGAAACAGGAUCUGGAGAAAGAACGCCAGCGCGAGAGGGAAUUGGAACGAGAACAUCCAAAACAGGAGCCCUCGACCUCUAGAAAGCCACCUCCCGAAAUGACCAAGUUUGACGAGGAAUUCGAACGAGACAUCGAGAAAUUGGAGCGUCAGGUGUGCCCAUUGGAUUUCCGCUCCAAAACCAUGGCCACUAUGUGGAUAGAUAGGCUUCGCAAUGCUCCUCAUAAUACAUCCGAAGCUAGGGCCAGAAAUGUAAUAACGUCCCAUCUACUCAAGUGCUGUGGCGACAAUAUAUUCAAGAAGGAGCCAUUUAACCAUCCACCACCACCCGAGAAUUUGGCUACUAUUAGGGAGAGAAUGUUUCUGACGCGGGACAGUAUGUGCCAUGGUAUGCCCGUGGUCAAACAGAAGAACUCCCAUUUAACCCAAUUGUUCAACGAUUCAUACGAUGGCGGCGAAUUCCUGAGCCAGCUUCCCGUGCCUCGCGAUGGGGCUUUCUUCAUCUUUCACAUGCACCCAAAUUUAUAAUUGUGAAUUGGCUUUAAAUAACAACCCAGCUAAAUUCAUAAUGUAAAAACAG